UGUAGCCGAGUCGGAUAGCAUACCACCACCGAUGAUCCAACAACUGCCGUCUCGACGAGAAAGAAAAAGAGUGUUCCUCCUUCGCUCGCCUCUCGACGCGCUUACUUCUGAAGGGGAAUGCACCUUCCAUUCCCCAUGGUUGAAGCGCGUUCGAGACCGGCAAAGACAUUUAACUUUUCAUCAUAUCAAUCUGAACACUGACUUGGUCAGGUCGGAGGAUUUUUUUCUCUGCAAUACAUGGAUCGCUGUCAUCCAUGUAAAUAAGUCCCUAGAUCUGAAUGUACAAGAAAGUAUCCACACAAUGGAUCUCAAUCCCGCCCAGAAGCACAUUUGUCAGAGUGUUCCUGGGGAGCGUCCCCUCAACUUGGUCUGUAACCGUUGCCGUGAUCGCCUGGAAGGAGCCGCCCAACUUAAUCUAUGUUGUGCGCAUUGUGAACACAUGCAAAUUGGCCGCUUCACCCCAUCUACGAGCAAAAAUCAUAAGCGUCAUCAUCAACAUCCGAGUGAUAAAUUAUUCCAAAGACAACAGAAGCAAGUCUGGUUUACCCGGAACACCCAACGACUCGUUUGGGCGUGGCUCUUGAUUUACUUGGCGCUCUCGCCAGUCUAUUGCACACCUUUAUACUACUCCCAUCGGAAGCGGAAAGCCGCCAAACCCAAGUGGAUCAAUCCUUGCGGCAUCAACUUAAAAGCGAGCCAGAAACUGGCAUCCCACUUCAGUCUGUCUCAUCACUCCGAGGUCACACCUCUGACCCAAGCUGAGCUCUUGGAAAACGUCAUUCUCGUAGCCAAAAAUGCGCUCCGACACUCGAGCGUCUUCAAGGAAGAUUUCGUAAAGAAGACGUUCCUGGUCGACAAUUGGUGGGAACACCACGACGCCUGGAGUGACAUGAGGUACCAGUGGCUUCCCACUUGGUCCGAGAUCCCGAAAAAUCUCCACGAAAGGACCAGUCAAGCCCAUUUAGAAACAUUAAAGAUUGAAAAAGCCAUCAAAGAUAUCCACAGAUAUCUGCAAAAAAUGGCAGUGGGCCUUGAGCAAGUCGUGCUCGACCAAACCCUUUACGACGGGCAAUUCAUGGAAGAGUUCAAUGAAGCCGAAUACAAAUUGAAAGCCGUGCUCUGUGAACUUCAAAUCGCCAUGAUGGAGAUGGGCCUCUCCGUGGACGAAUCCGCACCCGAUGACACCCUUCGAAGCAUCAUGAGCCCAGAGAUCCGAGACAUCGAAGACAGAUCCUAUCGUGAUCUGAGGGAUUGGUACAUUUACCGAGACUACAUGAAUGGACUCGAAUAUGUCUUGCACUCGUUCCACUAUCUCAAGGGGCAACGGAAUUAGACCCCA